GAACCGCCAAACCAGCUGGCCGGGAAGGCGGGGAACAACCAGAAACCAAACGCAACGAGUAAGAGACAGCGGGAGAUUCCUUCCGGCGGGCGUUGUGGGGAAAAACGAGGAUCGUCGGUGAAGAAGUUCCGGAGACUUCCUCGGUCCUGAUUUCCCUGCCUUUCAAUUGUUCCUUCUACCCAUCACUGUAAGUGGAUCGCCUUCAUUUCUCUCCUUUUCUCGUUAACCCUAACAAAGAAAAUCUACAUUCCCGCCAACUUCGUCUUCCUCUUUCUCCUCGUCUAGGGCGUUGCUUGCUUAACUCUAAUGGUAGCCCCCGGUAGCUUGCUGAAGCUCGUCCCGUUGUUGUUUUCCAUAAUCGUUCUCCGAUUCCGUUUCCGACGAAUUAUGGUCGACAAUGUCUUUGCUGGGUGCUUAUUCCCACCCUCUUGCCUGAGAAAAUUCUGCUGCUUUUGCAUUUUACUUGCACGGCGGAAUGGCCUUGAAACGAGGAAAGGAGAGUGAAUGAUGCGCAGAAUUUAGGGAAAAAAGGGGAAGUGAAGGAAAAAUGCGCUGCUUCAAAUUUCCUCUUUUUGGAGUCGUGAUUGCCUUGGGGUUGAUCCUUGCAUGAGUAAGGCGAGGGCAUUGUAGUUUGUGGAAACUUGCAUUUGAUUGCAGUUCACACAUGGUGGUGUCUGGCAAUGCGUUAUUGGAUCAGAUUGUUUUCUCUUAUGCUCAUUAUCCUGCAUCACUGGUUCACCUAGGCAUCAAGACGUAGAAUAGCUGCAUUAUCCUGUUUUAUGAAUGCCUGUUAGAUAGCAUCCAAAUGUCAGCUGCACUUGUUUGCAUUGGAAAGAGACGAUCAUAGCUGCAAUUACGUAGUGAGAGGAACGGUCGCCGUAAGAAUUACUGCUUUUUGUUGUUAUUUUGUGGCAAACUGCAUCGGAUGGAACCGAAGUGGCUCAUAAUACAGGUAUAUUGGCUUGAUCAGAUAAGCUAUUAGAAUGUGUGGUUUGCUGUAAACUAAAAACUUCAGCAGUUUUAGUAGGCCAAAGUGUCAUGUCGUGCAUUUGGCCUGCAAUUCCUGUUUAGCUAAAGCUCUUUCAGGACCCUUAAAUCAGAACCUAGUGCUUUUUUAUUUUAAUGAUGAGACUGAGUACUGCUCUUUCUGUUUCAUCAUUGGAAUUUGGAAGAUCGCAUAUCAAUUACUUUUUUAUUUUAACUUUUCUCUGUUGCAGUCAGUUGUAAACAAGCAGUGAAGGGAGGAUUACUGGUCCCAUGUCAAAGAGAAAGCAUAGGCCUCGGCAUCCUGAUGAUUUGGUGGGCUAUCAAGAUGGCCGUCAGCAUGAACGGAACAACAGAUUGAGGCCCGUGCAGCAGCUUGAUCCUGCUGCUUUGGAAGAAGAGCUCGAUAUUCUAGGUAGAGAGACGAGGAGGAUAAUCUCUGAGAAUCAGGCCAUUAUCGAUGAUAAUAUUGCUCUUCAGAGUGAAGUGACGCGAACAAGCGAUAAGAUUCGCAGAUUGGAGGAAAGGAUACCUCAACUCCAGGCUGAAAAGGAGACCGAUAUCAGGGAGUUAAUUCAGACAGGAUUGAAGCUAGAAGCAGAGGUGCGGUCAAGGGAGCCCUUAAAGUCAGAGGUUAGGAAGUUAAGAGUAGAAGUUGAAAACUUGAGGGAUUCAGUAGAGGACUAUACUGCUAUUGUGGACAGUUUACAAGAAGAGGUUACAGAAGUAAAGUUGGAGAACGAGGAACUGCAUUCACUGAAAGCUGCUGUAGAUAUGAUGCACAAACAGCUUCUUGAUGCCAGGAAUACACUUGAGUACGAGAAGAGAGCGAAGCAUGAUCAAGUUCAAGAAAUGCAGCUAAUCGAGAAUAAUCUCACAUGCAUGCAUCAUGAAAUCGAGAAGCUAAGGCUUGAGCAGCAGCAGUAUGCAGGAAUAGAGGAACCUAGAUAUGAUGGUGGAGGCUAUCAAAGUAUGGAUCGAAGCUCUGAAACAAGACGCGAUGGCAGAUAUAGUGAUAGCUAUGAAGAUGAUCCUUGGGAAUUUCACAACCAUGGCCAUCCCCAGCGUUGACCCCCUUAUAGGCUAAUGGUUCGUUGACUUGCCACUAUUCUGAUUUCUUAACACUCCAAGGCUCAAAAGCAAUGUUGUAGUUAGUUUGGCCUAGAAGAAUCGCUAAAUUGCACCAGUUCACUACAUACAAUCGUUGCUGCAAAGCUAGUACACAAAUUCACAUGGCGAA